UGCUCGCUCACCGCUACCACCCAAGGAGAAGCGUCCAUCACGGGACAUAGAGACGGAGACUGAACCAGAGGAGGUGCUGGCUGUUGAGGCCGGUGGUGGGUCCUCCUGUUCCCUCUCCUCCGUGUCAGCCUCUCUCUCAGACAAGAGUGUCUCCACUGAUAAUAUAGAGGAGAUCAAGAGUGACGUCCCCUUCGCUGGGCUUUUCCGCGGGAGUAUCAUCCCUAUGGAGGGAACUGGGGAGGUGUCUGCCCUAGAACGUCCCCGCUCGCUGGCUACACCCUCAUCCCUAAGGUCCUCUGUGGAUAGAGGAUGUCGGAAUAGCAUGGGUAGUCUGAACGUUCGUGACACCCCCGGAAGUGUGAGCUCAGGCAUGGGGCUGCUGUCUCCCCUGGAGGAGGCCGAGGAGUGGGCCAGGAUCCAGGACAUCAUGGCCAGCUUCGGUGGCGGCGUGGCCAGGGAAAGUGUCUUCAUGGCCGAACUCGAACACGAGUUUCAGACCAGAUUAGGGUUGUCGUUGUCGCCGUCACAGCAGGGCCUGGGUCUUGUGUCGAGCAACGAGGGCGUGAUGGGCGUGGAUAUGGGCGUCAUGGAGGCUGGGGAGAUGACGGUGGGAGGGUGGCUGCGCGCCCUUGGUCUGCCCCAGUACGAGGACCUGUUCAUCGCCCACGGCUACGACGACACAAAUUUCAUGAAUGGUGGCAUCCUGGAAAUCACGGACCUACGAGAUUUAGGCAUCACACACGCAGCACACCUGCACACACUACAGGAGGCAGUGAAGCGCCUCCCUACACCACUCCACGCCCUUCGCUCCACGUAUACACUCCCAGAUACAGUGGAGGCCUGGCUGGACUCAAUACGGCUACCUCAGUACGCCCAAAAUUUCCACAAAAACGGCUUUGGAGACAUGGAGCGAGUGAGGAAGGUAUGGGAAAUAGAGCUGACCACUGUGCUAGAGAUCACUCGUCCUGGACACCGCAAGAGAAUCUUGGCUUCCCUGGGAGACCGUCCUCUGGAACCUGAGCUUCCACCAGCCCUCAAUCCACACGACCUCAGCCUCGAGCUCACCAAACUGAACUCGGACAUCUCGCAGCUGAAGGAACAGUUGUUUAAUGACCUUCCAUCAUCGACGAGUCGUGAACGCCGGCCGCCAGAGACCACCACCAACACCAUACGUCGUUCGGGUACUAAAAAACGCAGCGCUCCACAACCACCAUCCAAGACCCCUAGAGCACAACCAAGCUUGGAUAUACAAGGCAGCAAAGACCAAAUUGGUCACUUGGCUAUCCGUGACCCUUCACAGCUUGUGGUGGGAGUCCCCAACACUAUCCUCACCACCUGGAGACAUCAUCCUAAUGCACUUGUAUCUGCUAGUGUCCAGUAUGUUGCACAGUACCUUGGGUCCACCCAUGUGAAAGAGUUAAAAGGAACAGAAUCCACAAUGAAAUCCAUCCAGAAAUUUAAAAAGUCACUCUGA